UUCCGGUUUUACGUCAUGACGCAAGUCAGCGGCGGCUGCUGCAGCGGGAAGUUCGCCUGACGACCGUAAACAUGAACUGAACAUCAUGUAAACAACGCUGUCGGUUUUAUAUCAGAUACAGACGGGUUUAAUGUGUUCGGGGUUUAAAGGAACUCAGGGAUAAAAACAAAUGCUAUUAGGGAUUAAUGAUGGCGUCUAAAGUGUGGCAGCAUCCUUAUGUAAACAUAUUCAAGCAUGUGAAGUUGGAAGAAUGGAGGAAGGCCAGCAAAGAAGGAGAUGUCACGUGCUAUAUGGACAAGACGCUCAAGUGCACUGUGUUCCGAAUCCGUGGUUCAGUUCCAGCCAGCAACUACAUCCUGAUUCCCAAAACCAGCAGCCAGUCUCUGGGCCUCACCGGUCGCUACCUGUACCUACUCUUCAGACCAUGUCCCAAUAAACACUUUGUAGUGCACAUAGACGUGGUGGCUGAGGAAGGUCAGGUGAUCCGUGUGUCAUUCUCCAACCUGUUCAAGGAGUUUAAAUCCACAGCGACAUGGCUGCAGUUCCCUUUCCUGUGUUCAGCUGCACCUGACUCUGUUUACGAGAGCACGGCCAAGACCACUAAAAGCAGUCUGGUGGGUCCAGCUCCAGUCAGUGUCCGCUGGACGUGCUUGAUGAUGGACCUUCAUGACGUGCUUUCUGUCUACCUCAGAAGAACACACAGCCACUUGAAGAGCAUCAAACUCUGUGCCAACAUGGCUGUCAAAAAUCUGGUCACCAGCGACCUGCUGCUGGACCCAGGUCUGUCGUUUUCAGAGUUCCGGCAGGCGGGCGUGGUGCUGUCAGAGGGAACGGCCCCUAUGCCUAGAGACAUGCGCUUUCCUGUGCCUAAAGGCAGCAGUUGGCAUCAGCUCUACGACUACAUCAGCUUUCCCUCAGAUGGUGCAAAGCUGCCAUUUGACUCCAUACAGAAAGGACAGAGCACACAAGGCUUAACUCCACAAGCCCUACAUGACAAAAGUCCUUAUCGAGAGGAAAGUUACGGAGUGGACAUCAGCAAUCCCGUGCAGGACCGUGUCUCCCUCGUCCAUCAGAUCACCACACCUAAACCUCGUGCUAAGCAGCGCCCACUGCUGGACACCUCCAGUCUGCCCGAGCUCACCAAGGCACCUUCCGUAGAUGUAGGCAGCCUCAGAUUUACAGGUCGUAGGUCACAGUGUGAAGAGGAGGAGGAGGAGGAGGAGAGCAGGGUCGUGUGUGAUAUUGGAGACAGUGUGCAUGUGUACGCUCACUAUGAGGAUGAUGGCAUAAGCACCCAUUCAGCAGACAGUGAGGAAGUGGCAGUGGUCAACGCAGCGGUUCCUCGUCCGCUUCCCCUGCCUCAGAGUAAAGCAGCGAGGCAGCAAAGUAAGUUGCACCCUGACCCCAUCCUGAAGCUCAGCACCAUCAUUGGCUUUGGUGGAGCAACAGUGACGUGUGCUUUGUGGGCUCAUUAUGGAGAAGAGGUGGUGUAUCCGUGUCAUGCCAUCAUUGUCAGUAUGAAGGUCUCAUCUGGUCGACAGCGCUUUUUCAUCGGCCACACAGAUAAAGUGUCGGCUCUGGCUCUGAACUCCAGCUCUUCUCUCUUGGCAUCGGCUCAGACAGGAACACACUGCCUGGUUCGGCUCUGGAGCUAUAGCAAGGGAGAGGCGCUAACCAUUAUAAGAACACACACACACUCACUGCACUCACUCAGUUUGUCCUGUAGCGGUGGGGUUCUGUGUGGCGUGGGCAAAGACAGCCAUAACAAAACUACAGUCGUGGUGUGGAACACUCAGCACGUUCUCAAAGGAGGUGUUGUUUCAGUUGUGGCUAAAGCUCACACAGACGUCGACAUCCAAACCAUGAAGAUAACCUUUUUCGAUGACACACGCAUGGUAUCCUGUGGCGUGGGUAAUGUGCGUCUAUGGCGUGUGCGUGACCGCUCUUUGCGCUCGUGCCCCGUUAACCUGGGACAGUAUCACAGCCUGGAGUUUACAGACCUGGCCUUCGAGCAGGGACACGCCUCAGGACGACAGCCAGAGGACCGCACCCUCUUCGUUAGCAGUAGGAGCGGCCACAUCCUAGAGAUCGACUAUGUCUCGGUGACUAUUCAGAAUAUCAGGAGGCUCCUCCCACCUCAGCAAAGCCACGCCCACUGCAGAAAGAAGCAGACCUCCGGUACAGGCCCAGGUAUUGCAGUGAACAGCAUUAGUGUGUGCAGCACAUUCUGUGCUACAGGCUCAGAGGACGGCUUCCUGCGUCUCUGGCCUCUCGACUUCUCCUCGGUCUUCCUCGAGGCGGAACACGAAGGGCCAGUCAGUCUGGUGUGUGUAUCUUCUGACGGUUUGAGCGUCCUGGCGGCCACCGGCACGGGAAACCUCGGCUAUCUCGACGUCAGUAGCCGUGGUUACCGCACGCUCAUGAGAUCACACACAGACGCAGUGUUGGGCUUCAGCGUGGACAGAACCAGGCGCCAGAUCACCACGGCGUCUCGUGACGGCACCGUCCGUAUCUGGGACAUGGGUUCGGCUAAGCAGCUGUACGACUUCGUAUCGGACGAUCAUAAUGACACCCCGUCCUCAGUGGCGUUCCAUCCCAGGAUGCCCAUCUUCGCUUGUGGCUCCAGCUCAGGCACCGUCCGAGUAUUUGACAUCCCCACAUCCAGCAUUUUAGCACAACACAGACAGCACCGGGGGGCAGUGGUGGGCCUGGUGUUUUCUCCAGAUGGUGAGCGCCUGUACAGCGCUGGAUCUCUUGGGUACCUUGCCCUCUAUAACGCUUCCCAACCGGAAUAUACCGUCCACCGUGUGCUAGGGAACACGGUCGUGCGAGGUUUGGACCGAGGCCCGGACGCUUUGGCUGUGAGUCCGGAUAGUAAACUGCUGGCAUUCGUCGGUCCCACAGAAUACACUGUGACCAUCAUGGAUGCGCGUUCACUCGAUGAGUUACUACGCGUGGAUGUGAGCGUGUUGGAUGUCGAGAGCACGACGCUGGAUUCGGCGUUAAAGGUGUGUUUCUCGCCGUCCUCCCUGUCCCACCUGCUCGUCACCACUUCAGCCAAUAAGAUCCUGUGGAUCAACAGAAACACAGGAAAGCUACUGAGAGAGGUGUCCGAGGUGCACAAGGAUCGGUGCGCUUCUCUGUCCGUCAGUGAAGACGGACGCUAUCUACUCACUGCCGGACACAAUGCCGUAAAGGUCUGGGAUUAUAACAUGAAACUGGAUGUCAAGUCACAGGUGUUCAUCGGUCACUCCGAGCCCAUUAAACAGGUGAACUUCACCCCUGACCAGAUGGGCGUGGUUUCAGUAGGUGAUGCCAUUUUUAUAUGGGACUUCCUGACCCAUCCACAGAAAGCACCUUCCUGCAGGUCACCGGUAUCAGUCGUGUCUCCUCCUGUAGCUGGGGAAGGCAAGAGCAUCUCUGCUUCUAAGACAGUGGCUGUGAAACCCAACGAGGUGAAGCGUAACGGAAGCUUUUCCAGCGGGAUUCCUCGUCAGGCGGCGCCUCUUCCCGUCUCACCUCCGCCCUUUUUAGACAUGAUCACCGGAGAGAAGAGGGGGCAUGAGGAUUCCUCUUUCCUGUCGAUCACCGGUCACGCCGAAGAGGUGCAACCUGGUCGCAGCCGUUCCCCUGCUCCUAGACACGCCUCUUUCCUGCGGGUCACAGAAAGGGGCGGAGCUGUAAACUCGGUCGCUGCACCAGCCUGUCAGAUCACGGUGGAGGAAAACGGAGAGGAGAAGAAUCCGAUUCGUCCGGACUGCUACAAACACUUUACGCCCCGUUACAAAACGUCUGCGCUUGACCCGGGUGCUGUAACUCCACCUCCAGGACAAGAUGGUCUUAGCCUCAAAGCUGUGAUUGGUUACAACGGCAAUGGGCGGAGCAACAUGGUUUGGAAUCCAGACACAGGUCUGUUUGUGUACUCCUGUGGGUGUGUGGUGGUGCUGGAGAACCUCCACAACGGUUCUCAGAGACACUGGCUCGGCCACAGCGAGGAGAUCUCAACCCUCGCCGUAACGCACGACGCACAGACGGUGGCCUCCGCGUCAGGAGGUGGGGCGUCGUCCAAGAGCCUCAUCUGCAUUUGGAACGUUAAAGACGGAUCACGCAGGAACAGCAUUUCGUUCCACAAGGGGUCGGUACAGAGUCUGGCUUUCUCCAGAGACGACCUCUACUUUCUGUCUAUAGGUGAUUUUGAGGAGUCCACAGUGGCGCUGUGGAGCACACACUCGUUUGAGCUGCUCUGUUCGAUCAGAGCGAGUGUCCCACUGCACGAGGCGGCGUUCUGCCCCAGCAGCGCCAGCCGUCUGGCGUACGUCGGCUCCGGCUUCGUCUACUUCUGCCACAUACACACACAUGGUCGUGGAGCGGAGCUGCAGGUCCAGUCCGUGGGUUUGCCAGAGGAGAUCGGCGAGGCUGAGGUCACAUCACUUAGUUACAACAGUAACUUCAUCCUGUAUACUGGGACGAACAGUGGGUGUGUGUGUGUUUGGGACUGCAACACACACCGCUGCUUCAUGACCUGGGAGGCCGACGAUGGUGAAAUCGGUGUGUUGCUGUGUCGUGGUAACAAGCUGCUCACUGGAAGUAACAGUAAGAAGUUAAAACUUUGGUCAGUGGCUUCAGUGCAAAACCUCAGACCUUCCAGCACCACGGCCAGCAGCCAGGACUGCAACCCUAAGGUGCUGCUCGAGCAGGAGAUGGUGUUGGACGGCACAGUGGUGAGUGCAGCAUUCGAUGAUGUCAUGGACAUGGGAAUUGUGGGUACAACUGCAGGAACGCUGUGGUACGUAAACUGGACAGACAACUCCAGUAUACGUUUAAUCAGUGGCCAUAAGAGCAAGGUAAACGGUGUGGUAUGCAGCCCAGACGAGCAUCACUUUGUGACGUGCGGGGCGGAUGGAAGCGUUAGAGUGUGGGCGUUGCCUAGCAACGAGCUGCUGGUCCAGUUUCAGGUGCUCAACCAGAGCUGUGAGUGUGUGUGUUGGAGCCCCACGGUCGGGCACGUGGCUGGAGGCUACAGCGAUGGUUCCGUGCGGAUCUUCAGCAUAGUUUCAGCAGAGAUGGAGUUCAAAUUGCAGCCUCCUCACCGCGGCGCUGUGAGCGCACUGCAGUACUCACACCACGGUCAGGUGCUGCUUUCAGGAGGAAAAGACGGCGUCAUUGCAGUCAGCAGCCCAACAACAGGAGCCUCUUUACGCAUCAUCAAUGACCACAAGGGGGCACUAAUCAGUGCUAUACAGUGCACAAGCAAACAGUAUAAAGAGUACGGCCUGGAGGGCAACGAGCUCUGGCUAGCUGUUAGCACAGACCGCCGCGUCAGCAUCUGGGUAUCCGAUUGGGCAACGGACAAAUGCGAGCUGCUGGAUUGGUUGACGUUUCCUGCUCCCGCCCCUCCUCAGGAUGCGGCGAGUCUGCCACCCAGUCUGGCAUCGUUCAGCCCCACAGAGAGGGGGAUAGUGGUUUACACAGGAUACGCUGCUCAGAAAGAACUCACCUUCUACUGCCUGAAAAAGAAGCAGGUGAUGAGGACAGUGUCUCUUACUGACUGGGCUUUGUCUCUCAGUCUGUGUUUCAGAGGAAAACUGCUCGCUAUUGGAUCAAAGCAACGUAUACUGAAGCUGAUCGAUUCCUCUAGCGGCCGCUUUCAGGAUUUCACGUGGCACAGCGACUGUGUUCACCACUGCAGCUUUAGCCAGUCAGGAACUCAGCUGUUCACUACAGCACAUGGAGAGGUCUUUCUGUGGAGUUUAAGAGGCCUGUGACACACACGCGCGCACACACACACACGCGCGCACACACACACACACACACACACACACACAGUAUCUCUAAUAAGGUGCUCUUGACUAUACAAGCUCAACACUAACAUGCACGUUAGAGUCCUUAAAAAUUUCACACACACACACACACACACACACACACACACACACACACACACACACACACACAGUCGACAUAUUACCUGAGAUCACACCUGGACUUUUAUUAGUUUCAAACUCUUUUCCUCUCAGCAUGUGUUUGUUUAGUCACGUCUGCAGUUUUAUUGUCUUGCAGGUUUUAACUGCUGAGAAUUUAAACAUGUUGUUUAUAUGUUUUAAAUAAAUGUUAAAACUGUUUUGUACAGAAAA